CUCAUGUGCUUCUAUUCUGAUUCCUCACUCAUUCACUCGCCCCAGAGUCUGCGUUCACUCACAUUAUCUCUCUCUUCGCCCAGUCAAAAUUCAAUUCGUCAAUUUAAUUCGUUUUUCUGCUGCGAUGCUGCUGCUUCUUUCAUGUUCUGUCGAUUAUUUAUUGUGAUGAAUUAAAUUUUUUUGGGAAGGAGGCGCGAAUAUACUCGACAGAGAAAAAAGCGACACUCCACAAGUGCGCCGCUAGCGAAGUGAAGAAGAACGCGCGAAAUAAUAAAAUGGGAACAAUAUAAUGAUAUAAUUAAUAAUGCAAAAAGGAAGAAAACUGUGAGUGAUGCUGAAAAGCGGAUAGAAUAUAAAAACCAGCGAAUGAGGUGGUGGUGAGUGUGGCUAAAGAAUAGGAGAGACAGAGAGAAAAAACGGACAGGAGUUGUACAGUAUAAAUUGAAGAUGUUUUACUUCCAAUAAUAUCCACUUACACAUACGCAACACUGACAAUUCCAGUGAAAACCAGCCAAUGGUCAGAAAGUGAAUCGCCUUUUGAUAACGUAGUCAUGAGUAAAAUAAUUGACUGUGCAGGAAAGUUUCUUUAAAAACUUUUCCAGUUUCAUAACUCUACGAGAUACAAUUUUGUGCUUUGAAGGAAGCGAAAUUUGCUGAUCAAUCUUGAGGACAUUUCGAUCGGAAGUGCAAUUAAUUGUAACGCGCGCGCCCCAGAGUGUGCUUUCAGCUCCAGCAAAUUGACGUAAGAAUCAAUGCCGUGGGAGAAGGAAUAAAUAUUUGUGCCUGGAACGACUGUAAUAAGUGACAUUAGUGGACUGUAUGGACUAUAUUGCAUAUUGGUGUUGUAAUACAAUGCAAAAGUAAAGGUCGUCCCCGGAGUCGCUUCUGCGUUCGCAACUAACUGUGUGUCGUCUGGUCCAAGGUGGUGAAAAGCGAAAGGAAAAUUAAUCACGACUUUUCAGCUGCGCAUGAUUGUGUAGCUUUUCUCACGAUUUGUGUCUCUGCAGAGCCCCAUUUCACGAUUUUCUUCACUCCACAAGAAACGCGCUUUCUAUGGUUUUCCCCGUUAUCAUCUGGCGAAGCAUUUUAGGAAAAUAGCACCGGCUCGGCAUUCACUGGGCGCUCAGUGUGGCCAGCAACAAUGCUCCCUAUGUAAUUGAGGACGACCCAAUUGGCGGUGGUCAGGAGCUGAGGGUGGCGUGGAGCGUGAUUCCGGUGUGGCCGUGUGUGAUUUUGGCGAAUGUUCAAGGAGAAAAACUCACGUGGCGCCGGCCUGAGCGUUGAUGGUAAAUUAAUCGCCGACGUGUCUCACCUUGUUGAGCGUCUGCAGCACCUGGAACACUCAUUGUUGCGACCACAGCAGGUCGUGACGGAUCCAUCGGCUGCCAAUGAUGAGGUAGAUAAACGCUUGGUGUUGGGCCUCGUAGAGCGUUUCAGGAAACAUUUCUGCCAGCGCGAGCCAGGUGGCAUGAGUGCAGAAAGGGUGUCAGGUCAGCCGUCCGGAGGUGUGCUGGACACAGCCUCGACGACCGGCAGUAUCAGCGAUGACAAUCCUGAUGGCCAACGGGCUAGACAGUGUGAGGGAGAGUCCCUGAUCAUAACAGAGGAGGACAUCCGAGCGCUCGUACGGGAUCUUAAAAGGAAGAUUGAGUACACAGAGAGGAUGAACUGGCUAUGUCUAUCGAAACGUCCAAUGGGCCCACCACAGCGUAAAAGUAGUCUGCCGAAGCACUCGGAGGUGAAGAAAAAAUUUCUCGAAUUAUGUGAUACGGCUCUGUCCGACGAGGUGAAAGCCGCCCUCCGACUGCCCGCUUUCGAUUCGUACGAGUGGGAGGAUGCGGAUAUUUUGCACCUGAUGCAAACCAUGUUCCUCGAGUUGGGUCUGGUCAGUCGCUUCAAUCUACCCCUGGUCACACUCCGCGAGUGGCUCUACGAGGUCUACAAGCACUACAAUGAUGUGCCAUUUCACAAUUUCCGUCACUGCUUCUGUGUCGCCCAAAUGAUGUAUGCGAUUACAUGGCAAACAGAUCUACCCUCGAGAUUGGGCUACUUGGAAAUCCUCAUACUGCUUGUCUCCUGCAUUUGUCACGACUUGGAUCAUCCCGGUUACAAUAAUAUUUAUCAAAUAAAUGCAAGGACGGAGCUAGCUUUAAGAUACAAUGACAUAUCACCGCUGGAGAAUCAUCACUGCUCAAUUGCGUUUAGACUGUUUGAACAUCCAGACUGCAACAUUUUCAAGAAUCUCGGCAAGGAGUCGUUCAAGGAAAUUCGCGAGGGAAUCAUCCGGUGCAUUUUGGCUACUGAUAUGGCACGUCACAAUGAAAUCCUGACCCAAUUCAGGGAUAUCAGUCCGGUGUUCGACUACUCCAAUAAGGCGCACACGAAUCUGUUGUGCAUGGUGCUAAUCAAGGUGGCGGACAUAUCCAACGAAGCGCGCCCCAUGGACGUGGCCGAGCCGUGGUUGGACCGUUUGCUACAGGAGUUCUUCGCGCAGAGCGCUGCUGAGAAGAACGAGGGCCUUCCGGUGACACCCUUUAUGGACCCCGAGAAGGUCAGCAAGCCCGGCAGCCAGGUGCGCUUCAUCGGACUUGUACUGCUGCCACUGUUCGAGGCCCUGGGAGAAAUACUGCCAGAGCUCAAUGAGUUCAUCAUCAAUCCCGUGCGCGUGGCCCUGGACUACUACAGACGGCUCAACGAUGCACAGUCACGCUCCCGAAAAUCACUGGUUGAGACAGAAAACUCAUCAGAGGGUGGAUCUCCACCAUUGCCACGCUCCCAGAGUGGCAUGAGCAUGAGAUCCCGACGGAGCAUCCCGUCGCAGAAGUCCAACUCUCGGACGUCCGUUGAUGAGCCACUCUGUAUUGCGGCCGAAUUGCAUGAUCUUCCCGAAGGCAGUGAGAGUGGUGAUUCAGAAACGGCCACUGAAGUCGAGGUCGCCGAGAAGACGUCAAAGUUCAAAGUGGACACCGAGAGCAGUGGCCGGAGCAAGUCGACGCAGACCAGCAAGAGGCAGAUCAGCAAGGAGAAGCGACCAUCCAUGUGCGUUGAGAUGUACUGCAAUCGCAUGAGAGGCUCCUAUGGCAACAUCCACACUCAUCAUCCGCACAGAACGCCCUUCGGAACGAACCGGGCCGUGAGUUUGGAUCAGUACCAAAACCGGAGAAUGUCAGACGGACUGCAGGCGGUCACGAGCGACACCGCUGUGUACUAUAACCAUCAUCAGCAGCAACAGUUGCUGCAGCGUCACAACAUUGGCAUGGAAAAUGACGCUAUUGCGGAGAGAGUCGGGGAGUUUGGGAAUGGACAUAGCCAAACCGAGAAGAGCAAAAGUCUACCCACACGAGAGAUGCGCCUUGGCAAGAUGUCCAUGGCAUCGUCAACGUGCCAAUCCAACAGUGUGGCUUCUGGCGCCAGAAACAUUAUAUCACGCCUUCGUCAGCUCACAGGUCGCUUUGGUUUGAGUUUUGACAAGGAUCCCAAGCGUCUGCCGGCAGCGGGAUCCACCAGAACAGCUAGUGCUUCGCCUGUGAAAAAUAACAAUGCCGGCACGCCAAGAGCUGAUGGCUUCUGUUGCAAUCUCUCACAUCGGAGCGUGUCGCCGAAUCUCAAGUGUCGCGGUGAUGUGUUUCUGGUCAACUCUUCACGCAAUCGCGCCUACAGUUUGGAUGUGCCCAUCAAGCAUCGAUAUAGCAGCAGUAGCAGUAGUCGCAAGAGCUCAGCGUCGAAAAAUGAUGAUGAGGGAGCCGCUGCAGGCGGUCGGCUCCUGCCGCCUGAAGGACGGCUGCCUGAGACCCCUGUGGCCUCCACGGGGCCUAGUGACACCGGCGGCGGCAACCCGGACAACAAUAACAUUUGACGACGGAGUACGGACGCCACGACGGCGAGCGCUCUCUCCGGCGGAUCGUUCUCCAUCAACUGGACAUGCAUAGGAGAUCGGCUCAGUGCCCUCAUCUGCAAGUGCUGCGAGAGCAAUCUACCGCUCAAUCCGGAGAGUGUCUAACACCCUAGACCGCCCCCGCCAUGUGGGUCCCCCAUCCUCAGUGUGCUUAUGAUCAAUGAUGAAUUUAAUUAAUUUUAGCUAGACGCUCCCCCUCACUUCCCCCGGAAGGUUUUCCUGCCUGUGACAUGUGCAUCAGAGGGCAAAUUGUACCCUAGAUUAGAUUGCGAUGAGAGAGAGUCUAAUAGAAUGAAAUCUCGUGGCGAUAAGAGAUUGUAUUGAAGGAAGUCCUUUUCAAUUAAUAUUUAGUGAUGGCGUCAAGUGGAAACAUGCAAUGAAGAGAUUAGAAUUGUCCUAGCUUUAAGACUUAAAGUGAAGUUAAAAAUAAAAACAACCCGAUCAGAAUGAUAAAAGAUUUCAUGCUUCCUAUUGAGCCAAAAUUCAAACAUUUCUCCCUUGUAUUAGAAAACAAUAAUUUCAAAUGUGUUCAAAUGAGAAUUUUUGCGUAAAUUUUGUGAUACUCAAUACAAUCUCUUGAAUAUUUCAUACCACACAACUGAGAAAUCAUCUAUUAGAAGUAAAAGUUUAUGCGACGAUUGGAAAUUCAUUUAAUAGUUUAAUAGUCGAUUGUUCUAAAUUGUAUCGUAUUUUGUUAUGUUUAGUCUUCCAAAUCCAAAUGGACUUCACUUUUGCAUGCAAGAGCAUAGAUCAUUAUAAUUUAAAGAAAAUACUUUCUCAUUAAUUAAAUUCUAUUUAACAUGCAUUUACUUUCUUUGGAGAAUCUAAUAUUUGCGUUUGCUGUAAAUUAUUUAACGUGUAGUAUACAUAUAAAGAGUUUAUAGGUUUAAGUCAGUGAAAGUUAAACUAAGGGAGGAGAGAAUAAACAGAAUUAGAAACCAAAUUUAUCAAGAUACUUGUAGAAAAAGACUGAAAGAGUUGGUAUUAUCAAUUGAAAUCUUUUCUUAAUGCAAUUUUAGAGAGGAAAUAAAUGAUGCGACAGGUGCGAUAUUUGUGUCCAUGUCCUUAGGCAAACAGUACAUUCAGCUUCCCCGUAAUCAUUACAAGAAGUCAAAGAAAAGUGAAUUCCCUAACAAAGGCAUCAGCAUAACAAUAUUGUCAAGAAAUAGAAAAUAGAAGAUAUUUGUGUAAAAUUUAAUGUGUAAAUAACGUUAUAUUAUGAAAAUAUCACGUUAAAAGAGAGAGAAAAUAUGUAUCCUUUUCGAGACCAACUAUUCUAUUGUCAUUCUUUUUCUCUAGAAUCUUUCUCAGAAACCAAUGAAUUUAUAAAACCUACUUUCCACACUGCAACAUUUCUGACGACUGCAAUUUUUCAAAUGAGAUCAAUCUGUAACGGAAUAUAUUUAAAUCUCUAGCCUUCCCACCAAAUAAUUAUAUAACUGAGACUAUGCAAUUGAAAUAUCUUAUGAAGGAUGCGUUGAAAUAUCGGAUAAAAAAAUAUCAUCUGGACAAAGGGCAUGUAAGAGAGAAAUUCAGAAAAUUAAGAAAUCUCGUACAAAAUGGCGAAAACAGAAGUUAAUUUAAAAAAAAUAUACAAAGUUGAAAUUUCAUAUAUUUUAUUGAAAGACCAUUGCUUUACUCUCAACCAUGAAGGAAUUUAACAUAAUCUUAAAAAUGUUGAGAAACAUGGAACAAUUUACAAAAGUAUUUUUCUAUCCUUCCUACAUACUUUUAUGGAGUCUUUCACGGAGAAAAGAGAAGAGAAAUAUAUUAAUCUAAAGAUGAGAAAAUAUAGUAGAUAUUGAAAAUGGUGAAGAAUAUAGAUUUUAAAAUAGAUGACAAGAUAAUGAAGAAAAGGGAAAUUGCAGAUGUUGUUAAGGAAAUCAAUUAAAUGUCCGAAUGUGUGUCAAAUUCAGAAUAGGAUCAAUUACCCCAAAUAAAGGACGAUCACAUCAUUCUAGUUAGCUCAUAAAUUUCAUGUGCAAAUUUACUACACGGACCAAAAUUUUGUCGUCUAUUAACAUACAAUCAAUUAAAUCAUUAAUUACUGGUAAAUCCCGUAAAUCCUGUUUAGAAAAUGCAUGGCAUUUUGGAGACGACUCAUGUGAAAGUAAAUUACAUAUAGAAUGGACUGUGUCAACAAAAGAGACGGUAAACGCAUAGGUAGAGAGAAAGAAAAAAAUGCUAUUGAGAUUUUGGAGGAAAUAGAAAAGCUUGAACUACCAAAAAUGAGAAAAAUAAUCAGUUUUGUUUUGAAGAUGAAAAUGAAAUGGAGAAUGUGAAGAAUUUGUAUAAUAUUACUGGAAAAAAAAGAUAAGGUAAUAUCAUUAUACAAAAAAACUCAAAAAUAAUUGUUCGAUGAUAUUGUAAAAAUAUUAUGACAGAAAAUAAAGUAAAAUAAACGAUAA